UUUUCCAGAAGUGUGCGCAGCCCCAGACCACUGGAGGAUUUUUGCGAACAAAACACAAAUGGACUGCAGUAGAUGUUUCACUUUGCUUCUUAGUUAAUCAUUUUGAUUUGGACAAAAUAAAUCAUCAGAUCAUGGCAAAAGUUUUUAUUGAGCGGUUUUCCUUGGAGCGAAUGCGUACGACCGUUUUGGCGCUUCUGCUUUGCGCACAGACAGGUUAUGGCUUCUCAGUCGCCGGACAACAGGAGAACACCUGCGAGGCCAACGGCAGCAUAUACUAUGUGGGGGAAUGGUAUUUUCUAGACUCAGACCACUGCACCCAGUGUAAGUGCACUGCUGAGGGCUCUGCAUGUGCCCGCACUGAGUGCACCUCUCUCCCGGCUGCAUGCAUCCAUGUCAGCCACUAUCCCACUGACUGCUGCCCCAGGUGCGAGAAGAUCGGGUGUGAGUACCGAGGGGUGGUGUACGAGCUGGGGCAGAACUUCCAGCCAUCAGAAUGUGAGCAGUGCACUUGUGACAGUGAUGGCAUAGCCCGCUGUCUGGUUGCAGAUUGUGCCCCUCCACCGUGUGUCAACCCUGUCUACCAGCCUGGAAAAUGCUGCCCUGAAUGCAAUGAGGGUCCUAACUGCUAUGUUGACGCCUCACGCAGUCAAGUGAUUCCUGCAGGAGAGCCCGUCUGGGUCAACUCCUGCACCAAGUGUCGCUGCCACGAUGGCCAGGAUGCUGGCUACUGGGAGGGAUACCGUCUCGCCACCCGUUCCCGCCUCAAAAACUGGACGCCUGAACAACCAUCCACUUAGCAAAACUGAGUCAGUGUCAGCAGAGAACCAGCUAUCUUAAAAUGCAUAUUCCUUGAUGACCAAUCAGCUGUACACGUUCCAUCUCUAAGAACAUGCUACAUUCUGCUGUGUAGCUGAAAAUCUCACUGGUAUAGCCAGACUUAAAGGGUCAUUGCACCAACAAAAAUUCAUCAUGUAAACAAAGCAACCAAAGAUUUUAAAACAUGACCGACCAUCUGACCUGAUCACUUGUCCACUAUUUUUGUAAUAAUGAUAAGAUUCACAAAAUUUAUCACUUUGGUGGACACUGCCAAUGGACCAGUCAAAGCUGCAGGGUCACUGCAUUCGAGUGGGGUUUGGCAGUGUGAUUAACUGCAGAUUUGUUAAGGAAUUUACAAAACUAAAGUAUAAUAUCAACAAAGGCAGAUCCAACUUAUUUAUCUAAUGUUGUGGUCCUGUCAUGUUGUUGUUAUUUAAGUUUAUUUUGUGCUCUCAAAAAGCACACCGUAUUCCUAAACAAAGUUAUGUUUAAUUUAAUUACCAUAAACAAGCUGAUCAGAAACCUUAUGAUCAGGUAGUAUUACGCCAACAAGGCCGAGUCCCCACAAUGUGUUAACAGCUUUUGGUCCCCAUAAUGUAAGUAAUACAAAGGCACAUACACAGUAAAAUACACCAUGUUACAAUCUUUAACCAUCAGAUUUAAUGACUGUAUAGAAAAAGUAGGUUUGAUAUGACAUAAUGCAUUCUAUAUAAGAUAUAACAUUUUCAACAUUCAAUGUACAAAAAACAAAAAAACAUAGCUAGAGAUACAGUAAUUUUUUAAAAACACCCACAGGCUUGAAAGUCCAUUUGCUCUCUGCAGCAGACAAGCAAAAAUGUAUAUGAAUUUCAUUUCAAAUAUGUAACCACCUGAGGUGUGCUUGACAACUGGAACAGCUCCAAAAGUCAAAAGUCUAUUAAGAAACAUCAAGCACUCCUCAUGGCUGCUCUCAUUCUUAAGUAAAAGAACUGUUUCAUUAA